AGCUCUGCGCCACUUCCUCGAGGUCGCGUCACCGAGCGGGAGCUGCGUGCGCGGGUCGGAAGUGUCUGUCUGAGAGGAAAAAAAAUAACAUAAAACAAUAAAGCAACACCAAAUAAACACUGUCAAACCUUUGCGAAUAUGGACCAUUACACUAAAUAUUGAACUUCGGAUGAUAAAGCAGCGCUAGGACUGAUAAAUAAGCGCACAUAAGGCGGACUGAGGGGCGUUGGGGAAGAGUUAGCCGCUGCUGCUAACGCACGAUGCUAACUCACUGAUUUAUGACUGACUGAGUUCAGCGUAUUUCAACUAAAAACUGCGCAUUCCGGAGGAUUUGAAAGACGGGAGUGCGCCUGGUGUCAGUAGAAAGUGUGUUAGUGAGGUACAGGAGGUGAAUUGUCUUCUCGGCGGCCGUUUGUGUUGAGGCCUGCUGUACGAAGAGUUAGAUAAACGCGUCAGUUUAACUCAUCAGCCUCGAGGAUCAACACGUGUACGGAGGUAAACAGGUGAAGAUGUCGGCCCAGGCGCAGAUGAGAGCCAUGCUGGACCAGCUCAUGGGCACGAGCAGAGAUGGAGACACGAUGAGACAGCGGAUCAAGUUCACGGACGAGCGGGUGUGUAAGAGUCAUCUGCUGGAGUCGUGUCCACAUGACAUACUGUCUGGAACCCGCAUGGAUCUGGGGGAGUGUGUGAAGAUUCACGAUCUCGCUUUGAGAGCAGAUUACGAGAUCGCAUCUAAACAGCAGGAGUAUUUCUUUGAGCUGGAUGCCGCAGAGCACCUGCAGUCCUUCAUCGCAGACUGUGACCGAAGAACUGAACUGGCCAAGAAACGUCUGGCCGAAACGCAGGAAGAGAUCAGCGCUGAAGUGGCUGCUAAGGCAGAGCGUGUGCACGAGCUGAACGAGGAGAUCGGGAAGCUGCUGGCGCGUGCAGAGCAGCUGGGCGGCGAGGGGAACGUGGAGGAGGCGCAGCAGGUGCUGGAGAAGGUGGAGAAAACACGCACCCUGAAGAAAGAGGCAGAGGACAUAUACCGCAACUCCAUGCCAGCCUCCAGCUUCCAGCAGCAGAAGCUGCGUGUGUGUGAGGUCUGCUCUGCUUACCUCGGUCUCCACGACAAUGACCGCCGCCUCGCUGACCACUUUGGAGGGAAACUUCAUAUAGGUUUCAUCGAAAUCCGUGAGAAACUUGAAAAACUGAGGAAAGCUGUGACGGAGAAACAGGAGCGCAUGCGCACGAGGAGAAGAGAGGAGCGUGACAGAGAAGAGGAGCGAGCCAGAGAGUGGGAGAUGGAGAAAGAGAGAGAACGCGAGCGGGAGCGCGAGAGAGAAAGAGAGAGAGAGCGCGAGCGUGAGCGAGAGAGAGACAGAGAGAGGGAACGCAGGAGGUCCAGAUCCAGAAGUGGUGAGCGAUAUCGGGAAGGAGGAAGCUCGUCCUCUCAUCGCUCUCGUCGGCACCGUGAAGAUGGAGAGAGGGAACGAGACAGGGAGAGGAAACACAGGCACAAAGAUCGCCAUCGCUCUCGCUCCCACUCACACAGGAGCAAAAGGAAGAGGUCUUCCCACACCAGAGACCCGGAGCCGAAUCAGCCUCAGGAGAGAUUGCGGGAGAACGCCGCAGACGAGAGAUGGUGGGACAACGGACGCAGGGACAUGGAGAGAGAGAGAUCCCCCGUCUCCCCAGACAUGAGCCGAAUGAAAGAGCGGGAGAGAUCCGUGUCGCUGGAGAGAGAUCAGCGCUCCAGCUCCGAGGAGAGAGAGUCCGGAGAGAUCUAGAGGGAAAGAUUCAGAUACUUUACUGUAGCUACCGAUCCCUGCUCCUUCUCAUAGCCGGCAGUCGCCCACACUGAUCUGUCAAUAACUGGAUGAGCUUGCCGUCCGGUUACUCAUACAUCAGUAGAAGCUCAGCGGCUAGAGAGGAAGCCAGUCACAGAUUGCGUGUGAGAGAGUGUGUGUGUGUGUGUGUGAGUGUGAGUGUGAGAGAGACCAGCAUCAAUAUUUGAGAUACAGAUGACACUUCAGACAGCAAGAGUUACAUACUUUGAUCUAGUUGAUCCAAACUAGUCAGCGAACCAAAAGAACAUUUGAACAGAAGUGUUGUAGAGGGAGAAGAGUGCACUUAGAAGUAGUUUAUUUUUUAUGUUGCAGAAUAAGGAGAGGUGGAUGAAGGUAAACCUGCAGGAGUAUGAAACCACCACCGGAGAAGUCUUUUUCAUCCUUUUAAACUGGCUACUAUUUUUUUUUUCUUCUUUUUUAAAUAAUUAAAGCUCCUUAAAUGAUUAUUUUGAUGUGGAUAUUAUUGUCUCCUGUUUUUUUCUCUGAUUUCAUUUGAUAUGAAUCUAAACUAAGAGCUGAACUGAGCAGUAAACCUGGAAUGAGAAAUGUUUUGUUUUUGUUUUUUUUUCUCCACAAAACCCACACCCGUUUUUUCACACAUAACCACACGCAUUUGUAACUCGGCUUGGGUUAUUUCUCAUGGUACCAUGAUGUCUGCGAGUUUCUCUUUCCCCUUUUAACACUCUUUCAUUUUGCUGUGUUGAGAGGUUGUCUUGAAACUUCAUCUUGCCUUGUCAUUAUGCUAUGAAAUAAUAAAUCUCUUGCGUUCAUUGUUUAAA